GACUUUGAUGUUCUUGUUGUGCUGACGCUGAAAUAGUGUGCCCAAUGACCGUCAGGUGUCGCAUGCAUGCAACAAGUUCGAAAUCCGUUGUAAAACAAACGCGCGCGCAGUUGACAACGGAAUGUUCGUUGGUUGAGUUGAAUGUAGCGCGUGUUUGCCGGCUGAAAACGUUUUGCUACGCUGCAAUUUAUGUAUAAAUAGCAAGUUUUUACUUGUUUAUCAGUACAACAGGAAAAGAAAUUAAAAAACUUAAAAUGUCUGUUGCUCCAAGCACGACAAUCUACACUCAUUAUACGCAGCCAGUGAUUCAUUCUGGCUUGACUACAAUCAACGCGAGUCACUUCACACUCAACAAUCUCCCCCUGACUAUUUAUAGCGGCGCUCUUCAUUAUUUUCGCGUUCCUAAAGCCUACUGGCGUGAUAGGCUCAGAAAAUUGAAAGCUGCUGGUCUGAAUACAGUCGAAACCUACGUUCCUUGGAAUCUUCAUGAACCAUCACCAGGAUAUUAUGACUUUGGAUCAGGCGGCACUGAUUUUGAGCAAUUUUUGGACAUUGCUGAGUUUCUUAAAUUAGCUCAAGAAGAAGAUUUGCUUGCAAUUGUACGUCCAGGGCCUUACAUCUGUUCAGAAUGGGACUUUGGAGGAUUACCAUCAUGGCUACUCAAAGAUCCGAAUGUAAUCGUACGCAGAAACAAUGCAAAGUUCCUUGAAUACGUCGGAAACUACUUUAACGCAUUAUUUAAAAUACUUGCAAUGCUGCAGUUUACAAAAGGUGGUCCAAUUGUUGCAUUCCAAGUAGAAAAUGAAUACGGAAAUGUCAAAGUUGAAGGUGAAGAUAUCGACCAGGUUUAUUUAAAGAAGUUGGUAGAUAUGUUCAAAGAAAAUGGUGUUGUUGAAUUGUUAUUUACCAGUGACACACCGUCCAAUGGCGACCAGGGUGCAAUACCAGGAUUGCUCAACACUGCAAACUUCCAAACAGACGCCGUAAAAGAAUUGAACAUCCUCAGAGGUAUUCAGAAAGAUAAACCACUCAUGGUGAUGGAAUUCUGGUCUGGAUGGUUUGAUCACUGGGGUGAGAAACAUCACACUGUCCCGACAGAUCAGUUUGCCAAAGAACUGGAAGAUAUUUUAAGUUUUCCGGCUUCUGUAAACUUUUACAUGUUUCAUGGCGGUACAAACUGGGGAUUCCUCAAUGGUGCAAAUAUCAUGGAGAAAGAUAAUAACCAUGUCGCUUUUGAUACUUCAAGCUAUGAUUAUGAUUGUCCUCUGUCCGAAAGUGGGGAUUACACUGAAAAAUAUCAUGCUUUGAAGAGGCUUAUUGCCAAAUACAACACAAUUAAUAUUAAGUUGCCUGAGAUGCCUGCUGAAAGUAAAAAAAUCAAAUAUUCAUCGAUUCCUACAAAGAAAAUGCUAAAACUAUCAAAUUAUAUUAAAUUAUUUGAUAUUGAAGUCAAACAUAGUCAUAAACUCCAAACCAUGGAAUACUUUGAUCAACAAUAUGGUUAUAUUGUUUAUUCUAAGACUAUUUGUACAUUAUCCAGUGGAGCUGUCUUAAAACUAUCAGAAAAAGUAAAAGACACAGUUUUGGUUCUUGUUAACGGUAAACUAGUAAACAAACCUUUUGAAAAACCGUCUGACGUCGCAGGAUUUGGCUACUGGAAAGCAGAAAAUUCAACAAUUGUCUUAACUAAUGAAACUUUAACAAACGCCAGACUAGAUUUGAUUGUAGAAAACUUUGGUCGUGUGAAUUAUGGCAAACUACAUGACUUCAAUCAAUUUCGUGGACUUUCCGGUAAUAUUUACAUCGAUAAUGUUGAAAUAUUCGAUUGGGAAGUAGUCAGUCUACCGUUUUCAAAGAAACUGAACAAUUUAUUGUCAACUAGGGCUGGAUGGGAAGAUAUUGACAAUGAUUACGUUGGUCCUGCUUUGUACACAUUCAAUUUAAACAUAAAUAAUACUGACACAAGUGAUGCAAACCUGUUUGGGGAUAGUUUCAUUGAUAUGUCCAAGUGGAACAAAGGCAUUGUCAUUGUAAACGGCUUUGUGCUGUCCAGAUACUUUAAACUUGGCCCACAACAAACUUGUUACAUACCUGGUCCGUUAUUGAAGCCUGGUUGUAAUGAAAUCAUCGUGUUUGAGCAUUUUGAACAUGCUGCGAAUUUAGAAUUCAACGAGAAACCAAUAUUUUAUACUAUGCAGUAAUAUUACGUUGAUUUCAUGAUUAUAAUAAUCGCGGUCAUUAGGUGGAACGCCUACUAAAUGGGGCACUAUUAACCUUAUUACAUCCAACUGUAAACUUUUAUCAUGAGCAUUUACUGUUAGAUUAAAACACGUUUCAAAUUUUUUAAAUUUUA